AUGAAAGGCGCCACCUUGGUCUUCUUGGGAUUGGUGUGUGUGCAUGUGUUGGCGUUCCGGCCGUGUGGCGGCCGUGCGUGGCCACCGGUGGCGAAGACGCCGUACUGUGCGGGUGUGGCAACAGAGCUAGCGUCGAAGGCCAGAACAGGCAGGCUACCGAGGCAUUCGAGUAAAAGCGUGGGCUUUUGGGCAGACGGCUCACUAGAGGGCUCGUCGGUGGAAUUCGCGUGGUGCCGGUCGGGCUCGACACAGGCAGAACGCGCGCUGGUGACAUCGUGGUCGCGUCGAGGGGCAGCAAGCUGGAGUGGCUGGUGCCGGGUCAUGGCGCGGCGUCCGUGCGCGAUGGUCGAUGGGUCACUGGUGGUGGUCGAGGCUCCAGUCUUCAGGGCCAAGGAGGGAGAUGGGGUGCGGCUUCCCUACGGUGAACAAACGUGGCAUGAAGGCCGGUCUCAGGAAAGGGCGUUGACAUGGAAGCGAAAGGUGGAGGCUUUGGUAAGGGAAGGGGGCUCACCGGUGGUUGAAACUCACCGGAGUUCAUGGCGGAGGAGGCGAGGCGGAGGAGGUUCGACGUGGCGUCCGCUGCUCCAUGUUGCGAUGAGCACGGAGCGACGUCGAGGACGGCGUCGGGGCAAACUGAGGCCGCGACGCACGGCCGCGAGCGUUGUCGGGCAGGGUGACAGGACGAAGGGCUCACCGUGGGGGCUCCCGCGGCGUGGGCGCAGCGGCGAGACGACCUCCACGACGUUGUCGUCUUGUGCGGAGUGGGAAGGCAAGGCCGAGAACGGAAGGAAGGGCUCUGUGGCGGCGGACGGGGAAAGAUGGCGAGGGCGUCGGGUGCUCGGUCUUUUAUAG